UUGAAGAGAGGCAAAAACACUUUCGAACAAGGACACAGAGAAUCAAAAGAGGCGGAACUCAAACCGUUAUUUUCUUAGCUAAUUUAAUAAACACAUUUCACGUCCGCAUACCCAAAACACACACACCGCUCGCGUACGCCGGCAGAAAUCAACGAAAUUGAAUCCUAGCUUGCUAUUUAUUAGCUCGAAAAAGUCAAAAUUUUAUAGUUUUCCUGACUCCGUGUGAUUGAUUCUAGGUUUUGAGCUGCGAGAAUUUCUGAAUCUUUGCUCUGCAAAAAGCUGGCUAUGGAUUGCGAGCCGUACGACAGUAGUGGAACUGAUGAUGAUUUUCCUCCACCACAUCGAAAUACAAAUAGAGUGUCAAGAGGUGGCUGCAUUUCUGGUAAUGGAAGGCCUGCUGCCUUGAGUUCUCACCCUUUUCCCCGGAUCUAUGAGGAGACUGACAUGGAAGCUAAAAUUCACCAGCUUGAGCAAGAAGCAUACAGUUCAGUUCUAAGAGCCUUUAAAGCUCAAGAUGAUGCCAUAACCUGGGAGAAGGAAAGUUUAAUUACAGAGCUCAGGAAAGAGUUAAGAUUGUCAAACGAGGAACACAGGGAUCUUCUCAGUAGGGUUAAUGCUGAUGAUACAAUCAGAAGAAUCAGGGAGUGGAGGCAAUCAGGGGGGCUGCAACAAAGCAUUCAUGGUGCCAAUCAACCAGUACAUGAUGCAGUGCUGAGUCCGUCCAUUUCAGCUUCUCGUAAAAAGCAAAAGAUAGCCCCACAGUAUCCUCCUGUAUCUUAUGGUGGGCCAUCUCCUUCUUUCCACCCACAGGCAAUUGCUACAUCAAACCAGCCAUCGUCCUCAGCUGCUAAGCGUGGACCUAUAGCAGGGACAAAAGGAAAAAAGCACAAAUCUAUACCACCUGGUUCAUUAACGAAAAUUCGGCAUCCCUCUGGGCCAGCUGGAAGAGGUCAAUUUGGUAACCGCGUUGGGGGCCUUCCAAAUGAGCGGCCACAAGGUUCUUUUGAUCCAUUAAUUGGACGGAAAGUCAGAACCAGAUGGCCCGAUGAUAAUAAUUUUUAUGAAGCUGUUAUAACUGAUUACAAUGCAGUUGAGGGUCGACAUGCUCUUGUUUAUGACAUAGGUACUGACUUUGAAACAUGGGAAUGGGUCAACCUAGCUGAGAUAUCUCCGUCUGAUAUUAAGUGGGACGGUGAAGACCCUGGGAUUUCUCGUCGUGGCAGUUACGGUGGAGCUGCCUGUGGGAUCGGCCGACCUCUUGGACAAGAUAAUGCUCCAGGUUUGGGAAGAGGAAGGGGUUUACCCAAAGGCCAGUCCAGGAACGACCUUCCACCCCAAAAUGGUAUUGGAAAGAAAAGACUGGAUGACAUUCAGUUGCUUCAUACCGAGACUUUGAUAAAAGAGGUGGAGAAGGUUUUUAAUGCUAGUCAUCCAGAUCCUGUUGAAAUUGACAGGGCAAGGAAAGUUCUAAAGGAACAUGAGCUCGCUCUCAGCGAUGCCAUUGCAAGGUUUGCGGAUUUAUCUGAUGGUGAAAGUGACGAAGGUGGUGGCUUCGAACAUGGCCAGGCACUGGAGCGAGCAUAACACCCCCACACCAGUGAUGAUAAUUUAGGAUGAAGGAGGGAUGGAAAUUGGUGGUAAAUUGGCAUUUAUGGGUAGAAUCAACUUCUGUGACUAAUACCGACAUGGUAGAAUACUGAUCGAUUUAGGGCUGUUGUAUAAUUCAGAUAACAUUCCUUAACAUUAUGAUUGUUUUUGAGUCCGGUAAGCCAAGUCCUUAGGUGCGUUGUUCUUAGAUUAUAGUAGUUUGUAAAAUAUAAACACGUGGUAUGUAAAAUUUUUGUUCAUGUCCUCUUGUAGAAAAUCAAUUAAUUAUCCCCAAA